CUGGUCUCUGAAAGAAAUUGCGGAAGCUGAGGCAUCCUUAAAAGGAAAAGGCUGGGGCUCUGGAACUGAAAAGUCGCGGUGCUCCGAGUUACCCCGCAUCUCCCACAAGCAGGCCGUCAGCACCAUGGACAGCCACACCGUCUCGGUGAAUGCUAGCAAUUGCUCUGACCCCUUGGUGCCUGCAAGUUGCUCCUCAGCAACCAGUCUUGGCUCCUGGUUCAACUUGUCUCACGUAGAUGGUAACCAGUCCGACCCGUGUGGUCUGAACCGCACUGAGCUGGACGGGAGCGACAAUCUGUGCCCUCCGACCGGCAGUCCUUCCAUGGUCACGGCCAUCACCAUCAUGGCCCUGUACUCCGUUGUGUGUGUAGUGGGCCUCUUCGGAAACUUCCUGGUCAUGUAUGUCAUCGUCAGAUACACCAAGAUGAAGACCGCCACCAACAUCUACAUUUUCAACCUUGCCUUGGCAGAUGCCUUAGCAACCAGUACACUGCCAUUCCAGAGCGUCAACUACCUGAUGGGAACCUGGCCCUUUGGAACCAUCCUCUGCAAGAUUGUGAUCUCCAUAGAUUACUACAACAUGUUCACCAGCAUAUUCACCCUCUGCACUAUGAGUGUGGAUCGCUACAUAGCCGUCUGCCACCCCGUCAAGGCACUAGAUUUCCGUACCCCACGAAAUGCCAAAAUUGUCAACGUCUGCAACUGGAUCCUUUCUUCUGCCAUUGGUCUGCCUGUAAUGUUCAUGGCAACCACAAAAUACAGGCAUGGUUCCAUAGAUUGCACCCUCACAUUCUCCCACCCGACUUGGUACUGGGAAAACCUGCUGAAGAUCUGUGUCUUCAUCUUUGCAUUCAUCAUGCCUGUCCUCAUCAUCACAGUGUGUUACGGAUUGAUGAUCUUACGCCUAAAGAGCGUCCGCAUGCUCUCGGGCUCCAAAGAAAAGGACAGGAACCUGCGUAGGAUCACUAGGAUGGUGCUCGUGGUUGUGGCUGUGUUUAUCGUCUGCUGGACGCCCAUUCACAUCUAUGUCAUCAUCAAAGCAUUAAUCACAAUUCCAGAAACUACUUUUCAGACGGUCUCCUGGCACUUCUGCAUUGCCCUGGGUUAUACAAACAGCUGCCUGAACCCAGUCCUUUAUGCGUUUCUCGAUGAAAACUUCAAACGAUGCUUCAGAGAGUUCUGUAUCCCAACAUCUUCCACGAUCGAACAGCAAAACUCCACCCGAAUUCGUCAGAAUACUAGAGACCACCCCUCCACUGCCAAUACAGUAGACAGGACUAACCAUCAGCUAGAAAAUCUGGAAGCAGAAAUGGCCCCACUGCCCUAACAGGGCCCCGCGCCAUCCAGACCCUCACUGAGCUUAUAGGUUACCGUCGACAUGGAAGCAAGUUGGUGUCAGGGUGUGUAGGAGGCUCUGAUUUCCUAGGAAACAGUCCCAUCCUGAGUCAUUGUAAGUCUGUCCUCUCUGGCUACUCCAGUUUGCCCAUGAGCGACAUUCAAACUGCAUCAAACAUACCCGGAAGAUGAGAAUACACCACCCUUGUGAAUCCAGCUCAUGUACAUGACCACCAGGAAUACACCCA